ACAUAGGUACGUAAGUUGAAUUUAAAGCAAAGUUAUCAAACGCUAUCAUGCCAAAUAUCGAGCCUUCUUAGCUUUAUCAGGAGGAUUCACAUACGUCACUUUUCUGAAGCCCCCGACCAGGUUUAUUAUUAUAGGGUUCGCCUCUAUCUUUUAAAAGCACGUGAGCUACUAUGUAAUUGCAUUGAUAACUAGCUUCGUAUGUGGUGUAUGGUUUGGCGAGACGUUACCCCGCUACCGGCGACGGAGCGUGACGGUGACGGCUAUCUGGCCGGCUGCAUUUGGACGCGUGCCGCCGCCGGCGACGCCAUGUUGAGGAUCUUCAGGAAUCUCAAGCAAAAAAUUCUGUUCAAAGAGCUGCCACCGCCUUAUCGGGAGAACGAGGAUGUGCCCGACGAUUCACAGGAAAUAUAUGAGCCAAGCCCCAUCCCACCAUGCGAAGUCCUGGACCUGCUAGCCAACUGCAAAAUCGCCCACUCCGACGUCGAGUACGCAGAGAUCCAGGAACAACCGGAACAGGAGAUGGGUCUGUGGCACUCCACGCCGCUGGCACAUCGGCACAGGUCCAAGAUAUCGCUCACGUGGGUGCUGAAGGAAAAUGCGGAAAAUACGAAACCUCAGAACGAAGUCAGAUACCAGCGUCAAUUCGAAGACCGUUUCAAAACCACAAAGCUAAGAGAGACCAGAGUCGUUGGUCGAAACGAGUACUACCACAACCUUCGGUUCCGCAGUGCUUGCGAGGAAUUCGUCAGUCAAGACACGCUGUCUGACGAGACUAGUACUGAGGAGUAUGUCAGGAGGAAACACAGGCAUAGGCACCGGAGAAAGAAGAGGAACCAGGAGCGGUUCGGAUACGAUAUCAGGGAUUUGGACAGUUUCCUGAGUGAGGCGUCAAUAGACCAUCCAGGCAACAUUCCAGUAGUGAUCGCAUAUCCAACAACGCUGUACCAAACUCAGAAAGACCUGCAAAGAGAGCUAACGCUUCCGCUCGGUACCGUGGUCAACGCGGUGUUUAAAAACAAGCAGUGGCUGUACGUGCAAACUCCACACGGUGAUGAGGGAUAUGUCAUGUACAGCGCGUGUCUGCCACUCGGGAUACUGCCUAAUAGGACAUCCCAAAAGAAGAUGCCAUGUUGGGAAAGCAGCACAGACAUCUACCCUCGUCCUUGCGGCAACCUAACAGAUAAUGAAAAAGAACAGCUUCGCACCCGCACGCGUUCCGAAACACGUUACAAACCGCGCAAGCAGCGCUGCGCGGAAAAGGACUUUGACUCCUUAUACUUAAGAACCAAAUCCGUCUGCUCCAAUAUAGACAACAUAGAAAAAAAGUCUACCAUAGACAAAAGAAAAAUAAAAAGACAGACGUUGUUAGUAGUGAAUAGUGAUUAUAAAGGAAGUGUGUUGAAUAAAACGUUGACAGUGAGAGAGGGAGAUGUGGUGGUGUUGGUGGAAAGGGGAGAGACUGAUGUGGAUGCGGACUGGUUCUAUGUGAGGAAAAGAGAUGGCAGUCAGGGCUUUAUACCGGCUGUUAUAGCUGGUCAUGGGUAUAUUUAAAUAAUUGUAUUCUUAAGUAAUUCAAAGGUGUUAAAAUAGUCAUGUGAAAGUGAAGCCUUCUUUAAACUGAUCUGAAGGCCCAAGUCAUGUUAUCAUAAUGUUUACUCACUUCUGACUAUAAAUAGGUCCUUAGGUCAAUGUGGUGAAAACCGUAUGUAAGGGAAGACUUGUCUUCAAGACCUUUCGUCGGUAUAAGUUCUUAGUGGGGGGAAACUGCAGCGUUCGGGCGUUCUCGACUCCGUUCGGCUUCACGUUGCUACGAGCAAUUAUUAGGGUUGGCAAAACUUGACGUCCUUGUGCGUGCACAACCACAGAUAAGAUAAUUACUUGAAUUUUCACAACCCUACAUGGCCGAAAGGGAUAGUGCCAUACAUUAGAAAGGGACAACAUGAUUCGUCCCUGAAUCGCUGUUAAACUUCGGUUUGGUAGGAAGUUUCCUUUCUGUACAGUAGUACUAUUACUCAUUCUGGGUUAGAACAGGAGUGAGGCUCUUUCUUUCUGACUGUGUCUGAGCAACUUACGUAUACAAUACGAGUUUUUGCCCUGGGCGGGUCUUCUCCACACUGACCUUACCUAAUUAUUCUGUCUCUUCUGGUCUGGCCUAGUGACCCUGCUUAUGAAGCCCAUUGGUCCUGGGUUCGAAUCCCGGUAAGGGCAUUUAUUUGUGUGAUAGAAGAUAUUUUGUUCCUGAGUCAUGGAUGUUUUCUAUGUAUUUAAGAAGUAUUUGUAUGUUAUAGUCUGUUUUGUUAGCAUUAGAAAGAAGGUAAGCGAUUUUGAUGUGUAUUUUUAUUGAAAAAUAAGUCACGGCAAAUAUGUAAGAAUUAUAAAUCGUAUACAAAAAUAAAUAAAUCCAGUAAAUUAUAAAUCCUACUUGAAUAAAUGACUUUUUAAUUUUUUUACUUUACUUUACUUUAUACGAUAAUUUACAUUAUUUUGCUAUCAUAUGUAACAGUUUCUGAUUUUUAAAAAGCGUUUUUCAAUAAAAAGACUUGUCAAGAUUAGUUUACCUUUUUUCUAAUGCAAAAAAUAAAAACUUGUCUGAGUAGCCACAACACUAUGCUUCUUGGCUUACCUUGGGACUUAAUCAAUUUGUGUAAGAAUGUCCCUAUAAUAUUUAUUUAUUUAUUUAUAAUUAUGUGUUGCCUUAGAAUCGUGAAAGCCAAUAUUUUGUAUUGUAAUCAGUUGUAAAACAUUUCUUAUUGGUAACAUUUAAUAAUUGAGACAAUAGUCAUCAAUUUUAUCAUUUUGGCUCCUAAUUUAAUUAAACGACGUUGAAGUAAUAGUUACAGAAUUCAAUUUUGAGGUUUUGCCGCCCAGAUAUUGAGUUGGUUGAAGAAUAA